AUGCUUCAUUCGCCUCACAAACAACCACAGAACCACAAGUGCGGUGCAAACUUUCUCCAGGAGGACAGCAAAGAAGUCUCUGGUUUUUAAAUGGUUAAUCUCCGCAGGUCACUACCAGCCACUGAGACCAACAAAGUCAGUAAGUGCUCUCUAACCACAGUCUAUGCAGUAAUAUUUGAGGAUCCAAGAAGUAUUUACACCAGAAGGUGAAAGCUCUGCGUGAAGCGAGAGGGACUAUGGCAUCAAACAGCCUGUUCAGCUCAGUGACACCAUGUCAGCAAAACUUCUUUUGGGAUCCCAGCACCAGCCGGAGGUUCAGCCCCCCCUCCAGCAGCCUGCAGCCCGGCAAGAUGAGCGAAGUCAGCCCGGUCGUAGUAGCCCAACAGCAGCAGCAACAGCAGCAGCAGCAGCAGCAGCAAGAAGCGGCGGCCGCCGUGCCCAGGCUGCGCCCCCACGAUAACCGCACCAUGGUGGAGAUCAUCGCUGACCACCCCGCCGAGCUGGUCCGCACCGACAGCCCCAACUUCCUCUGCUCUGUCCUGCCCUCGCACUGGCGCUGCAACAAGACCCUCCCGGUGGCAUUCAAGGUGGUGGCCUUAGGAGAAGUGCCUGAUGGGACAGUGGUCACUGUCAUGGCUGGAAAUGAUGAGAACUAUUCUGCAGAACUGCGAAAUGCGUCAGCUGUGAUGAAGAACCAGGUGGCCAGGUUUAAUGACUUACGAUUUGUGGGCAGAAGUGGAAGAGGGAAGAGCUUUACUUUGACAAUAACUGUCCUGACAAAUCCCCCCCAAGUUGCUACAUACCACAGAGCUAUAAAGGUUACAGUAGAUGGGCCAAGGGAGCCAAGAAGGCACAGACAGAAGCUUGAUGACUCUAAACCUAGUUUGUUCUCUGAACGCCUCAGUGAUUUAGGGCGCAUUCCUCAUCCCAGUAUGAGAGUAGGGGUCCCGACCCAGAGCCCACGGCCCUCUCUGAACUCUGCACCAAGUCCUUUUAAUCCUCAAGGACAGAGUCAGAUUACAGACCCCAGACAGGCACAGUCAUCCCCGCCGUGGUCCUAUGACCAGUCUUACCCAUCCUACUUGAGCCAGAUGACUUCACCGUCCAUUCACUCCACAACUCCCCUGUCCUCCACCCGAGGCACAGGACUUCCAGCCAUCACCGAUGUGCCCAGACGCCUCUCAGGUAAAGACUCCUGCAGCUCAGAGCUCAGGCUGUGGCCCUCUUCUCUUGCUCUGUCCCAGCAGACGGGUGCUUCAGAGCUGGGCCCAUUUUCAGAUCCCAGGCAGUUCACAAGCAUUUCAUCCCUCACUGAGAGCCGCUUCUCCAACCCACGAAUGCACUAUCCAGCCACCUUUACCUAUACACCGCCAGUCACCUCAGGCAUGUCACUGGGUAUGUCCGCAACCACUCACUACCACACCUACCUACCACCACCCUACCCCGGCUCUUCCCAAAACCAAAGUGGACCUUUCCAGACCAGCAGCACUCCAUAUCUCUACUAUGGCACUUCGUCAGGAUCAUACCAGUUCCCCAUGGUGCCAGGAGGGGACCGCUCCCCCUCCAGGAUGCUUCCACCGUGCACCACCACGGCCAACGGCAGCACGCUCUUAAACCCUAACUUGCCCAACCAGAGUGACGGUGUGGAGGCGGAUGGCAGCCACAGCAGCUCCCCAACCGUCUUGAAUUCUAGUGGCAGAAUGGAUGAGUCCGUUUGGAGGCCCUACUGA